AUGGAUGUCUUCUCAACACAACACGCAGUUGAAUUAAGAGAUAAUCUCCUGAAAAGAAGUUCCUUCAAGAUCUGCACAAUCAAAUUGGACAUGUCAAAGUCGGACCCGAUUGAACUCGCAAAAGUAUUCAAACCAGAUUAUUCUGGUGGCAUUAAAUAUACAUUUGAGUUUUCAAACGAUGAUGCUGUGUUCGAGAUUAAUUGUACACCGCCGAUUUUCAACAUUUAUGAAUUUACAAGAUUUAUUCUAAUUAUGUCUGAUAACCUCAAAAAACCGGUAUCAUUGCUCAAUUUGCCUCUUGAUAUCACAAACCUUGUGUUGGAAAAGUUGGAGCCAAUGGAUCGACUCAGCGCCCGAAAAGUGUGCAAAAACUUGCGAAACUUUAUUGAUAAACUUGAGACUCGGUUCGAAAUGGCCCGCGUUGACAUAUAUAAAAACAGAGUUAUUCUAUUUUUGAACGAAACUCACAUCUGUUAUAUGGAUGCUUUAAAUGGCACGAUGGUGCCUUACGAUGGACAGAAAAAGUUAAUUGAAGGAGAAAACUUCAUGAAUAUUGCUGUUCAAGAUUUGAAGAUAGUAUUGAGAUAUGUAUCCUUGUUAUACUUGCACAACUUAACAGAAGAAAGGCACGACAUUGUCAAUUUAUUUAUCGGCAGCUUGAAACCGGAAAAAUGGUUUCAAGUGAAGAAACUAGAAAUUUGGGAUUUUGAAUUCAAUGAUGUAUCCACUAUUAUACCCUAUUUUAAAACAACAGUGCUUGAAAAUCUUAAAUUGAAUAGUAAAGAAGAGAUUGAUAACUUUGAACGGAUUUUUCAUUUGGAUCAGUGGAAGUUUUUAAGAUGCUUCACUCUCUGUGUAAAUGACUACGGAACAGAGUGGGCAUUGGACAGUAGCCUUUUUGAACAUUUUUUUCAUUUUGAAAAAUUCCUUGUAACAUUGGACUAUUUCUCAACGCAAAUGGCAGUUAAAGUUAGAGAUGAUCUUAUGAGAAGACAUACAUUUCGAAAAUUCUAUGUGUUUAUUAAAAAAUCAAAGUUAGAUACAAUCGCAAUUGCAAAAGUAUUCAAACCGGACUAUGUUGGCGACAGAGAGUUUCAGACUGAAUAUUCAAACAAUGUUAACAAAUUCAAGCUUAAAAUUGGAAGCUACUUUGACAAUCCCAAUUAUUGCGAGUUUAAAGUAAAGAAAUUGUGAAAUUUCAGUAAAAAUAUGAAUUGAAUAAUUGAAUUUGUUAAACUUUUCUGGUGCCUGCCAAAUUUCUUAUUCUCUGCGUUUCGAGAAUUGUAUGUUGAAAAUUGAUAAGAAAUAAAUGUGAAGCGUGUG